AAAAAAGGAGUGAAUUUUAGCUCUAUGGUUGCGUUACCAAUUUCUCCAGUUUCCCCACUCCACCUCCAAAAAGAUUAAAAUUUAAAAGACAGUGUAAGCAUAAUAAUCACCUGAUCAAUUCACACAUAAAAGAGACAGAUCUGUUUUUUUUCUUACAAUCAUCGUACCAAGUUCCUAAAGGUUUCGACUUUACUGUUUCUAUUUUCGGAAAGAAAGUGAAUGAUUGAAUCGAAGAUGAAGGCGGCGAAGAGGCCGAUCCACGCCGUGACGACAUGGGUUCGUCGGCAACCACCAAAGGUUAAAGCUUUUCUCGGUGUUGUAUCCGCCAUGACUGCUCUCGUUUUGUUGAGAAUGAUUGUUCAUGACCACGACAAUCUUUUUGUCGCUGCUGAGGCUGUUCAUGCCCUUGGAAUCUCCGUCCUUAUCUAUAAACUCACCAAGGAGAAGACUUGUGCUGGAUUAUCUCUCAAGUCUCAAGAGCUAACGGCUCUGUUUUUGGCGGUGAGAUUGUAUUGUAGUUUUGUGAUGGAAUUUGAUAUUCACACGUUGCUUGAUUCGGCUACAUUGGUGACUACACUUUUUGUUAUCUAUAUGAUCCGUUUUAAGCUCAAAGCUAGUUACAUGGACGACAAAGACAAUUUUGCUAUCUACUACGUCGUUAUUCCAUGUGUUGUUCUAUCAGUUCUCAUUCACCCAUCAACACAUCAUCAUAUAAUCAAUAAGAUUUCUUGGGCCUUCUGCGUUUACCUUGAAGCUGUUUCAGUCCUUCCUCAACUUAGAGUCAUGCAAAACACUAAGAUCGUGGAGCCAUUCACAGCACAUUACGUAUUCGCUUUGGGGAUCGCUAGGUUCUUGAGUUGUGCACACUGGGUCCUUCAGGUUUUGGACACUCGAGGGCGGUUAUUGACUGCUUUAGGAUAUGGUUUCUGGCCUAUAAUGGUCCUCUUCUCUGAAAUCGUCCAAACCUUCAUUCUCGCAGACUUCUGCUACUACUAUGUGAAGAGUUUAAUGGGUGGUCAGCUCGUUCUUCGUCUCCCAUCAGGUGUUGUGUAAAAUUUGGUGGAAACGAGAUAAGAAGAAGAUAUGGAGUUGCUUAAGCUUAUGAUGUGGAGUAAUGAUCUAUCUCUUGCAGGCUAAUCGUUUUGAGUCUUCUCUAAUCUCUUUUUUUCUUCCCUUUAUGUUUUUUUUCUUUCUUGGAGGACUUGUAAAGAAAAAAGAAAAUUGAUUAUAGAUUAUGAGUUUUGACAUUAAUUUGAAAAUUAGUCUCAGCUUUUAAUAUAUUAUGUAGUUUAAUGUU